AUGUUUGGCUUUGAUGGUAAUUUCCUCAGAGAGAUUGCACUGAAGGGUAACCCUUAUUCGUUGGCCUUUACCGAGUCAGGUGACCUCCUUUUCCGUGUUUCUCUUGACUUGUUGAACAGCAGAACUGCUCUCUUUACUGAAAAUGGUCAGUUUAUCAGAUGCAUCGGUGAUGAAGAUGUAAAGGAUCCUUUGUACGUAUCUGUUAUCAGUGAUGGUCGCAUAAUCACAAGUGACAUCAGCGACAAGAGAAUCAAAGUUCUUACAACUGAUGGAAAAAACUCACUUCGGUCGUUCAAAGCCCCGGAUUGUGAUGAAACCCCGGUCUGUGUCGUUUAUCACCAGGAGAAAUUCUUUGCUUCCUUUUCUUCUGUUUGUCGAGUCAUGGUAUUUAACGAAGCAGGGGAGUAUCUACAUGACAUUGGAAGCGAAGGAUCUGGUGACGGAGAGUUCUCGAAUCCCACUGGUCUCGCUAUUGACAAGUUUAGCCGUUUGAUCGUUUGCGAUGCGGGAAACAAGAGAUUGCAGCUUUUCACUCUUGAAGGAAAGUAUAUCACUCAGAUAGCUGGAAGAUUUUUUAAGGGAGGUCGUCCUCGUUAUGCUGUCAUCUCCAAUACUGGAUAUUUGUUUGUUACUGAUUCUUAUCGAGACUGUGUUUAUGUUUUCCAUUAG